AUGAAAGCUUUCCUCUUUCUUAUAUUCUUUGUGCUGCAAGUCGCUGGAAUGAACUCAGAAUUUGAUCCUUCACAGCUGAAGAUUCAGAGUUAUGGCGACAGGAGCAUCUCACUUGGAUGGUGUCAACGUGGCAAUCUUUCUCUCAUUGCAAUGUUUCGUUUGUACAAUAUCAGUGAUGGAAACACAUCAGUCUUUGCGAGCUUCAAUGCAUCCAGCAAGAAUGUAAAUGUCAAGCACGACUGCGCUGGAGAGUUGUCGUGUAAUUGUUCAACCAUUGACCUGAUGGUUGACAACUUGAUCUUAGGGGAGUUCUAUAACCUUGCUUUAUCUGUCUUUGUACAUAUUUCUUCUAGGGACAUGUUGCAAGAAUCAAACAUGUCCAAUCCUGUCUACACGCGCAUCCUCGAUCCUCCUUCAAUACCUCUCAACAUCUCGAUAACGCCGUGCGAUGGAAAAAUUGUCGUCGUAUGGGACAAUCCUGCUUCUUGUGGACUGGGUAAUCUUUCGGACGUGCCUUGUCUUGAACUCUUGGCAGGUUUCAGAAUCAAAAUCACAACAAACAUUUCAUCCUUGGGGACUUCGUGCAACUCAGAAUCGAGCACUGAUUGUACUUCUCUGACCAUCUCACCCAAUGUCACGUCUGUCGUGUUUCCCAUCAUCAACACUGGAGCAUCUUUUGUCUUAUUCCUGCAAGCAUUCAAUGCAAAUCUUGACGGAGUAGCUGCAAGGUUGUUUCCUAUCAGCUUCAGGCCGAGCGUUCCAACAAAUACACACGUGGACUUGAUUGAUCAUGUUAUCUUGGAAUACUCGUGGCAACCAGUCAAACGACCAUUCUUGGGACCAAGUUUGACAUCAGCUGAUUUCUUUCGCGUACAGUGGACAACCAACAUUGAUGAUUUCGCCAACCCCUAUGGACCAGACAGGCUACAAUGUUUCUCCACAUUGAACCUUCCAUUGCCGCAGAGCUGCCGGUCUUGUAACAUUGUCAGGUGUGAUGCGGGGCAAGUCUGCAUGCGGGCCAAGGCAAGAAAGACCGACAACUCGACUGUGAUCGUGAUGGGCUGCGCCAACGCGUCUCAUGCUCCUCAUUCUGAGCUCGAUUGCUUUGACAUGGUUGUCACGGAAUACUCGCCGUGCUCGUCGUCGUUGUGCAAUGACCCAGUGGCUGUGAGCAACGAGUCUGAUGUGUGCAAUGUGAGGGGAGGUGAGAGGUACUGCGAUACCUCGGCCACGGUCUGGAGCUCUAGAACGUUUCUAGAAGACAUGUCAAACCUGUCGACAACCCUCCAGGUCAGGGACGUGCCUGCAGACGUCAGCUCCAUCACGUUCGGAAGAACUUCGAGCUUCACAGGCACAGUAGACUGCCCGUUGAUAGAGAACGUGGAGUACUUCUUUCGCGUCGCGGCGUGUUGGAACAGAAUGGGCUGUAGCGACUUCAGUUCGGUCUCGUCCGCAGUGGCUGGUCGGGUGCAGAUGCAGGCGAUGGUGUCGCUGGAGAGGACGAGGGUAGGAGAGCAGGGGAGGAUGAAUGUGAGCUUUUCCAUGGUGAAGGAGACUGCUGCUCCUGUCACGCUGGAAAUCUUCCUUCCUCCAUCCUUCGGUUUCAUCAGCGAAGAGGAAGGCUCCUUGUGCAUCUGCAUCUCAGGCAACACAUCUUCCUCCUCCUACACUGAUCCGUCGACUGUAGACUUUGCUGCCUGUACCAAGUGCAACCUGGCCUCGACCAUGACAGAGUUGUCAGGGUUCUGCGAUCGCAGGAACUGCUCCUUCUGUGAGUCUCCCUCCAGCAAAGUCUCUAUCACCUUCGGUCAGGACGGCAUGACUUUCAAGCAAGGAACUAUCUUCAAGCUCACGACAGGCCUAGUCUGGAAUCCUCCGUUCUCCGAGAGCUUCGAAGGUCUUCGACUGAGCACACUCGAUCGAGAGCAUCAGCUUGUUGACAUCCGAACUUCCUUCCCUCCCUUGACCAUCGCCCCCGGCUUGUUGAGCGUUGCAGCUUCUUCUUCAGAGACAAGGGCUGGGCUCCUGACAAAUAUUUCCUUCUCUCUCCUGUCACUAGCACAAAACUGGUUGCCGGACAAUUCCGUCAUCCACUUUGAUUUCCCUGUUGAGUUGGACGUCAGCGCGUCCCAGAUCUUGUCUGCGACUCAUCAUGUGGAAAUUCUUUCUCUCUCCCUCUCUCGAAUUUCUGUCUCUGUUGUUGACGCCACUUGCCUUUAUCCAAUUGACAUCGUGUUCCUCUACAUUCGCAACGGCUACUUUCCUGCCACUAUGGACGAUUUUCGCGUGCAAACUGUCAACGGCGGCGCUACAAACAUGUCUGUUGUGGACGAGAACCGCAAUGUUACAAGUUUCACCAUCACAACAGGAACUGUCAACAUUGAGUUGGAGCAAGUGCCGAUGAGGUUUGCCGGAUACAGUGAUCUCAACUUUAACUACAACAUGAGCUCAUCUCUGCAAUCUUGCUUGAUCUCGUCGCUGCACAUUCGGUUCCCUCCAGGGGCAAGCUUGCAGGAUUCGAACAUCUCUGUGCUCAACGGUAAUCUGUCGGGGCUGAGCUGCAACUGCAGCUUUCAUGUUGAGAGUGCAAACAAUGUCGACGAGUUUGUGUUUGUGUAUGACGGUGAGGAAUCACAGUCUGCAUCUGCCGCAGACAACAUUUUUCAUUUGAGGUUUGUGAAUGUGCGCAAUCCACUCUAUGUUCCUGCAGGAAGGUACAACUUUUCCGUCUGGACUAUGUGCAACGAUGUGGAUGUGAACGCGACUGAUAUAGAGAUAGCUCUCCUGCCUUCAGUUGUGAAGGAUCCAGUGGUUGUCUUGAGCUCUGACGUCAGCGGAUCGAGGUCGAACAUGACCUUGUCGUUGAAGACAAGCAACCCUCUCCCUGGAUUGAUGACUCUUAGUAUCUCCUCCUCGCAGGAGUCCUUGUUCUGUCGAGGUUCCCUGGAUGCUUGCUCCCCUUACAUGACUACCAUCAAGGCUCUUUGGCAGACUUCAGGUGGUAGUAUCCAAGUAUCGAAGGCUAUCAAUGGAACCACUCAAACCAUACACAACCUCUCAAGUUUUACUGUCCUGAUGGACCUUGAAGGCGAGAUAAUACCAGCCGGAGCGAGCAUAGAGCUAGUUGUUGACAUGUACAACCCAUACUGGGAGCAAGAUGUGCUCAUGUAUCUUCUCAUCGCGGAUGAGUUUGGAGUGGUCGUCGAGCAAACUGACGAUCGUCUGCGGUUUCAUACACGAGCUGCAGAGCUCCUCUCGGUCUCCUCCGUCAUCAGAAAUGCAGGCGUGCAAGAUGCUCUGUUCUUUGGAGCUGAAGAUAAGUUGGGGAUCUCUCGGGAAAUGUUCAUAAUAGAGUUGCAUGUCGACUCGGUGAACGCAUUCACUGGUUGCUUCUACAUGCUGAUUGAUCUGGAGUAUUGUGUUGACAUCAGUGUUGAGAGUGUUCUGAGCAGCAACGUCAAACUCUUGGAUGGGAGGUUUGCCAACGGGACUCUCAAUAUGUCUUUCGGAGACCAGUGCCCAUCAUCAUCAUCAUCAUCGUCAUCAUCAUCAUCAUCAUCAUCGAAUAUGGGAGGCCAGCAUACAUUGAACAUCACUGCCCUCGUGAAUUUCUCAGUAUCAACCGGCUCCGCGUUCGGGUACGACAGGAAACAAACUUACAGGAUUUACCAUGUCAGCCCUCAGGGGGACCAGCAUCUCUUCGCCUACUCCUCUACCUCGGUGAAAGACUUCGUCCUCCCUCUCUCCUCCCCCCAGAUCUCCUACAUCGCCAACGCUACCAUGACAACUUCAGCUCUCCGAACCGGCGAUCCUACGAAUCUCACGGUUACCUUGCACUUUGACGACGCUCUCCUCCCUCCUCUCUUCAGCCUUGCACUGGACCUUCCCGGUUUCCGCCCUCUCAGUCCGGAGGCAGUCAGACUGAAGCUACUGGACCCCAAGACUGGAACUUUCAGCGACCUGAACGUCACUGUCUUCCACUCUUACUUGCUGUUGACUAACUUGUCAAGAGCCUCGCUAACAACUGUCCGACCUCCCCCUCUUUGCGACAUCUCCAACGUCGUUUCUUACAAUCACAACUUUGGAACAUGCAGCAGGAUACCUGCAGUCAAGGACUUGCAGGCAAUGACGCUGACUGUGAGCGGAGUGAACAGCCCGCAGUUCUCAACGUCCUUCGAUGCUAUCGUGCUCUUGUUGAGCGAUGAUGGAGACAACCAGGUCAUAGUCGACCAGUCAUUGCACCGCCUUGACGUCUUGCCAAACUCUCUUCUCGAUGUGCAACUUGUCUUCGAUUCCGACAUGGCGGGAGAGACGGGGCAUUUGCACUUGGCUGUGAAGACCAACAACUUUCUCCGGGCUGGCUCCCUGCUCUCUGUCGAGCACGUGCAAGGGUUUUCCUCUGCUUGCCAAGUGCAGAUGUCGAACAAGACAUCGAUGUUGACCAGCGCCUGUAGCUUCCCUUACAUCAACUUCUCAGCGUCCUACGACGCAGAGUCUAUCGCAGGAGGAACUGCUCUCAACUUUGACAUUAUCAGUGUUCGCAACCUGUUGUUUUCCGGACACUUUAAGUUCACGAUCCGAACUUACUUCCUCUACGAACAACAACCGAUCAUCGUUGACGCGAGCGAUGUAAUGGUGGCUAUCAGAGCCAAUCAUCUUUUAAAUGCGUCAAUUCAUUCGUACUUGACAAGAUCAGGGGAGCCUGGGAACAUUGAGAUUGUGUUUCGACCGUCUAACGAGGUUCCCUACAAUGGAGUCAUCCAGUUUGAUUUCAUGGAGGGAUUUCUUAUUCAGCAACCUUCGACUUUUUUCUCCGCCUCCUCCCCUUCCUCCCCUUCCUCCUUGCCAUCCUGGUCAUACUGUAGUAUGAUCGGCAUCGUCAACUUGACCGCAGAGGUUACGGUGGAAGGAAACCAAGUCUUCUUCACAGUCAAGGACAGUGUUCCCCUCCCUGCCUUGCAAGAAGCAAAGUUUCCAGUCUCGUCAGUCAGCUCUCAGCCGUACAUCGGAGACAUGAACUGGGUUUACAUCCAAACCAAGACGCCGAGUGGACAUGUCAUCGACUUCGGAGUCGCUUCCCUGACUGUUGACAGCCUACUUCCUGGGACCUUGUCCAUGGCCGCGGUCCUUCCCCUGGAUGCAGAAGCUGGUUCACUGACUGCCGUCGCGGUGUCCAUACAAGUUCAGAAUGAAGUCCCUGAGGGAGGAUACAUCAUAAUGGGUUUCCCACUCAACGUCUCGCUCCACGGUCCAGCUCUGUACGGGCACUACGAAGGGAUCGACGGAGCUCUAGAGCUCCAGAGAGCCGAUGGAGAAUGUACCGUAGGAUGUUCACUCAAGGUCAAAGUGGUUGGGUCCAACAUCCCUCGGGGCCGGCGAGUUUCCUUCAUCAUCAACAGCAUGCGCAAUAUGCCCUACACGGGAGUGACGGACCCCUACAUCUUGCAGACGACAACAGCAGAUGGGGUUGUCAUCGAUGAAGGGUCGGCUGCUGGGACCUCUGUCGAGCCCUCCCGUCUUGGGUUCGUUGCUGUGACAUGUCAAGAGCCGUGCGUGAUCGAAACGGAAGUCACCUUGACUGUCUCGUUCGCCAUCUCCAACCCUCUUGUCCGUGGGUCGAUCGUGGAGGUUGUCUUGCCAGCUGACAUGCCACUUGCUGCGACAUGCGUCACUCAGGCGUGUGGGAGUGUGACAGUGCUAGGAGACGGACUGAGCAUGGUGAGUUUUUCUCUGCAGAGAAACGCACUUGUCAUCCUCAACGAUCGAGACUUGCAGGCUCAGGAGCAGGUUGAGCUCAGUCUUGUUGGCCUCAGAGCUCCGAGAACAGAAGGGAUGACUGGGGUGUUUGAGAUCAGAACAAAGUUGGGAGAUUCUACUGUUGACGAGGACAGAGGCAUUCAGGGAGUUUAUGUGGGCAGCAGGAAUAUGUUUGUGGAUGUAUCAAGUGAUGACAACGUUGCUGGGCGAGCGACUAGUUACAUGUUGUACCUUCAAUUCAUGUCCAGCCUCCCUACCAAUUCAACCACGAUAGAGAUUAUCUUGCCAGAUGGCUUCCAGACAAGCUCAGAAUCUACAAUCACUAUCAUUUCCGAUUUCCAAGGAAUUUUCAACUCUACCAUCCAGGGCCAGGUUGUAACGCUUUCGUUUCCUGUCGUUGACAUGGGAUACAUCACGUUUUCAGCUAUCUCCUUGUCUCUCUCUGAGUGCAGGAAUCCUACCAUGUCUGGUACUUACGAGAUCAACGUUGUAGCCAAGGUGGAUGAUGUCUCAACGGGAAGGUUAUACACGUCGGACAAAGGAUCAGCAUCGUUGCAAAUAUUCCCAGAGGGCAUACAAGAUGUCAAGUUCCUCCCUGACAUGAUGGGGAUCGGAUACGAGGGGACCAUGACAGUGCAGAUGACUACUUUACUUCCCCUUCCAAACAACUUCACCGCCCAGAUAGUUUUUCCAUCCUUCUUUGGCACGAGCCAGAUCACGUCGAUCAGGCUUGCAAGGUCUGCCGACUUUGACCUUGAUGAAGCGAGAUACUGGCCGGAGGAGAAGGUGUGUUUCUCAACAGACGGCAACGUGGUCAGCAUCCAAGUCGAGCUGGAACAGCCUGUAGACGCCAACAUCUUGCUGUCAUUCACCAUCUUCACCAUCGAGCUCUCUGGAUAUGCUGGAGCUUCCGAUUUCUUCCAUCUUACCAUAGCGAGCGGAACGCUCCUCUACAUGGAGCAGGUCGUGCCUUACACCGUCCAAGUCCCCAACAAGUUUGCCGACCCUUCAGUUUCCUUCUCCUCACCGUCAGCAGGAAGCACAACUGACCUUGUCUUGAGCUUCUCCUUCAACUCCCGCAUCACUCCGAUCUUCUUCCUAGCCAUCUACCUUCCUGAAGGUUUCUCAGCAACUCCCACCGCCUCUUGCUCCUGCUCUACUCCUAGCUGCUCUCUUGACAACUCAUACACGGCCCAACCCUCGCAGAACGGAUUCAGCGGCCUCGUUCUUAGGAUAUUCCUGCAAGACCUUCACAGCGGCCUAGAGGAGCUAACUAUGACCUGUGCUGGCGUGCAAACGAGGCCCUGGAGCGGUCCAGCUCCUAUUUACCUGAUGUCGUACGACUCGUCCGGCAACCUUCUGCAGAGGGAAGAGCUGGUCUCAGAACUGACAAGCAACACUCUUAGCAACUUCUCCCUGGAGCUGUCAUCAGGCAUCAUGGGCACUCGUUCAGACAUCGCGAUGGCCAUGGCAGCGGCCAACUCGCUCCCGGACGGAGGGCUCCUGGAAGUGCAGCUCCCCUCGUGCCUCUACUUCAGUGACAGCUCGGAGUUCGUCGUGAUGGUAGGGGAAGAAGCAGUCACUACCAACGUGUCAACAUACACGAGCAGCUACAAUGAUGUCUCCAGCGACCACUACACCUCCUUCUUUGAAGUGAGCAGACUGGAGCGAGGCUGGCAGGUAGCAGUGAAGGUUGCAAACGUCACUCAUUGCAGAACAGCGGGGAGGUACUUUGGUAUCGUCAGGACUAGGCUGACUCUGCGAGCCGAUGGUAUCCCUUGCUCGCUUGCCGAGUGUCCAAUCGUGGAUGAGUUUGCCUUCGAUUUCACCCUCCUUCCGCUGGAGAGUCACAGCGACACCCUGCUCCCUGUCGAGGCAGUUGCCGGAGAAUGGAGAGAAAUGGUAUUCGAAAUCAAACUUUUCAGCAACUUGACUGCUGUCUCAUUCUUUACCGUUACUUUCCCCGGGGAGUACGACGUCUCCAAAGUUUCUAUCACCAGUGGAUUCCAAGAGAUUCAAGCGGGAGGCCUUAGCGAGGUGGUCAGAAACCAAUCUACCAUCACCAUCCCUUUCAAACAUGCUUCCGCUCAACCCUCUGACAUGUCUGCUACGUUUCACAUCACCAUCGUCAACGUCCGGAUGCCACAACAGGCGGUCUCUCCUCUACCUGCCGUCUCCUCAUCAGACCUCACGGGCGGCCCUUGCAAACACUCCAACGGCUUCGUCGUCAGAGUGUACUCACUACACCUCGGAGAAGUCUUGCUUAACGAAGUGCUCUGCUACAGCCCCAUACAAAUCUUCUCAGCUUCUCUGAGUUCCAUCGGAACCAUUUCCACAGGCUCCUCAAGAAGCUCCCUCCCGAAAGGCCCUGGAAGCCUCCUCCUCCUCCCGCUCACGGUCACCUCCGGGUCUUUGACUUCGUUUUCCUUCUCCUUCUUCGUCGCCAAUCGGAUCCCGGAGUCAGGAGCCCUGAUCAUCGCCCUCCCUCAAGGAUUCCACGACGAAGGUUCCUGCUCCUGCUCCUCCAACGUCAACACCGUCUCUUCCUGCGUCGGAGCACCUGGAAACCUCACCCUGUUCCUGUCAGGGGUCAGCGACAACGGGAGGGUCUCGGUACAGUGCGACAACAUCAGGGUAAGAAGAGAGAUCGGAAGCGCAACGGUGUUGCUCUCAACAAGGACGGAGGGCGGAGACAUCAUCGAUGAAGGCACGGCGACAGUGAUUGUUGACCAUGGCCGGUUGAGUCCAUACAAUCUCACCAUGUCGGAGACUUCGGCUGGGCAAGCUUCCUCCAUCAACGUAUCCUUCACCCUUGGGACUUUCCUCGUGGCUGGGGACAACAUCAGCUUCACCCUCCCCUACGGAUUCGUUCCUUUUGACGGGGAGACAAGGAUAAGGGAGGAGGACGCAACUUUUCAACUCCAGGGCCCCGUCGCAACCGUCUCCUCCUCCAUUGUCUCCACAGACUCCCGCGGGGUUUCGACCUUCCUCGUCUCCUGCUCAGUUGCUCGCCAACUGAACAAGGGGACCAGGGUCUUCGUCGGGUUCAUGGUCAGGAACAGAGGGUGGGAGGGUCCAGCUGGGGAGAUUGUUGUUAGCGUUACCACCAACGUUGGCAAGCUCGUCGCUCACGACCUCUUUGCCCUGCCCCAGCUCAGGUAUAACAACCUCACCACAGCUGGGCUGGUGCUGGAAGACGUGGUUGCCGGGGCCAUCGGCACGGCGACGCUGUCGUUUGUGACGCAGAACAUUCUCUACGCCGACUCUGCCAUCUCCGUCUCCUUCCCCCCAAGCUUCGCCAUCGACGACCGCGUGCUGCCGACGGGCCUGACCUCGGGAAUCGACGGGGAAGUGUUCUGCAGGGUGGAAGGGGAGGACGUUAUCAUCUACCGCAAGGCUGGAACCCCCCUGGUCGACGUGGGGACCCGAGUCGUCAUUCAGUUCACAGGCAUCAGGAUGAAGGAGGAAUCAGACUGUGUCUUCGAGAACAAUGUAGAUGUCUGCAAGCUGACGGGGGGCUCGGCGACCGUCUCCGUGCUCGCCUUCGACUCGUUCGCCUCCGACCGAACUGUCCUCCAACUCGAUCCGGUCAAGUUUGCGCUCCUUGAACGAGUGCAGGUCCUCCCCUCAUCUCCCUUCGCUGGCUCUGAGCAGACGCUUCGAGUCAAAGUUCGACUAGCCAAUCGGCUUCCCAAGGACGGGUCCGUUGUCCUGUCUCUUCCUGUAGGGUUCGAACUCUCUCCUCCUCUCUCUGCCAUGCCGUCUGACCCCACUGUCGGCCGCUUCCUGGUCACCUCCUCCGCUCCGCUCGUCUUCCUUCUCCGGAGACUUGACGGAGUCGACCUGCACAAGGGCUUCCAACUGGACUUCAACUUCUCGGGCAUACGAAACAGGCGCUGGGCAGGAGACACUGGGUCGACCCUUGCUCCUGCUCCCCUUCAGAACGUCUUGUGCCUGACUGAGAGCAACUUGGCGGGAGUGACUACCCGCCUGCACCUGAGUUUUGCCGUCGCCAACCCCCUCCCUCCCGACGGCUCUAUCGAGCUUGUCCUCCCCUCAGGCUUUUCCUUCCCGUACCGCAUCUUCCUCGGAGACACGCAGCCUGAGUUCAAGGACAGUCUCCCUCCUGCCCAGCUCUCACCGCGGGCGGCGACGGUGGGAGGAGGGAGCUUGGAGGGAAAGCUGCAGAUGAUGGUGAUUGAGGGAGAACGCAGCGCUGUUUUCCAUCGGUAUGACACCAACCAGACGCUGCUACCCUGUCCCUCAUCAAGGCCAGAGGUCCAGAAGGAGAGGGAGGACAUCGCUGUGGGUUGUGACGUCAGCAGUGACGUCUACCGCAACUGCUCGGUCGAGUUCACUGUAGACUUCAUCAACAACGGGCAGGCAGGAGGGAUCAACGACCUCUUUCUUGUGCGGACUUUGACGCCCGAUGGCUCUGUCAUCGACCAGGGAACGUACACGGCGGCAGCUCUUGUGCCGAGCGGCCUGCUGGGAAGUCGCAUCGAGAUCAAGAAAUCAGGGCUGGCCUUGUCAAACUUCACCAACUCGGCAGCAGGAACUCUGACGAACAUCUUUGUCUCCUUCAUGGCCCCGACUACCCUCCCUCGAGAUGGGAGGGUUCAGGUUACAUUCCCGCCAGGGUUCAACCUUGACUACCUGUCCAUCGGACAGGCCGAGACUCCUCAGCUGCAGCUGGGCUACCUUGCUAGCAUCCAGGACGUCCCUUCCUUCAACACGCUCUCCAUCUCAAGCUCGUCCGCUGUAGUCGGCGAUCUCACGCUCGUCUCCAUCAACUUCUCGCUCAACUUCGAGCCACCGGCCGGCUCGAAGAUCUUAGUCAACAACCUUGGAGUCCUGCCUUUGCUCCGCCGCGACUUGACUGUGGGAUGUUCCGGCUCCAGCCUCUUCGUGCCCUCCGCCAUGGUCGACUCCAACAGCGUUUCCCUCCUCCUCCGAUCCAGGGUAGAAGUUGGCAGGGAGGUGCAGGUUUGCUUCUGGCUGCAGAAUCCAACGGAAAUGGGAGGAGGAGAAAGUCCUGUAGUAGUCUUCCAACAGCCAACCUCCGACUCUCCUUGUUCAGCGGCCAAUAUCUCAAGCAACGUCUCCACUGUUGUCUUGCAGUCCAAGUACCUUCCCGAGAUCGUGCAUGCGAAGAUCGAGGUAGCCAAUUGGGUCACAGGGCAACUCAACACCAUAUCAGUGAGCUUCCAGUGUAAUUUCACCCUUGUCAACUCCACCACAAUCCUCAUCCGCAACCUCCCUGCCUCGUCCACUCCGUCCACCGACCACCUGGAGGUCAUGCAGACCGAGCUGUUCCUAGCAAGGAGCUGUCGUUGGAGGAUGCAAGACAGAGCUGUGGAGUGUGUAGUGGACGCAGAUCAGAUCCCUGCCUGGACCUGGAUCUCUUUCUCUUUUGUGCUCAAGUCUUCAGACUCGGCGUAUGCUGCGGUACAAGAAGCGAUCAUGCUGCUCCUGGGAGGGAACUUGCAAGGCAACGUAACUUCAACCAUUGACUUCGUGCUGCCGUCCUCGGACUCCCCGACUUUUGCGGUGAAACAAAGUCAGCAGAACUCAGGAGCGUACGGAGCGAUCAACAGGAUCACCCUGACUGUCAGGCCCAACGUUGUGUUGCCUGCAGGUUCGGAGAUCACCAUCGCUGGUCUGAGGAGAACAGAUAUCUUCCAACCCUUGAUCAUUUUUCCUUCUGACGACUACUCAAGGAGCCUUGUCAGCUCAGCUUCGGUCUCGCAAGGCGAGGAUGGAACUUUGGUCUUGGCUCUGAUGACAGACAUGUCAGAUGUUAGAGACGCUAGUCUCUCCUUCUUGGUGUUCAACCCAUCCUACCACAGCCAAGGUCGACAGUUGAACAUAAGCGCCAGCUCUCUUUCUGCCCUCCUGUCCCCUGUGGUGAUGGACGGGCUUGUUCUAUCAACUUCGGAAUCUCCCUCCUUCCUCCUCCUCAAUGCUUCCUACUCCAACCCGGCUCCCCUUGAGGUCAACAUGAUUAGUCUCCGGAUCUCUACGAACUUCAACCUUCCUCCUCGAGCCCAGCUGCGCAUUUCCAAGCUUCCUCCCUUCGACAGCCUCGUCAGCAGCUCGUGCAGGUCACGAACGAUCGGAGGGUCGUCCUGCUCCUUCCCCUUCGACUACCUGGGAAGAAGAUGGUACGGCUGCGUCGACUCCUUCCCGAUAACUUCUCAUCUCCCUGCUCCCUCUCCCCCAUGGUGUGCGAUUCAGCCAGACCUCGGGAGACGCAUGGAGGCGAUGGACUCUUGGAGUCUACAUGACCUGCUCCAGGAGGAGGAGGUGACUUGGGGAUACUGCCGCUGCGACCACAACCUGACGCAGCUGCAUGGAAGCAGCGCAAGCUUGUUCGGGGAGGCUGCGAGCUGGAACGCGGCGAGCGGCUCUAUCUCGAUGUGGCUGGAGGAGGGAGAGCUUGUGGUUCCCGGGCAGGAGCUUUCACUCUCUCUCUUUGCCCGCAACGGCCCUCUGACCUUGGAGAACUCGAUCUUGAACCUGCGGCCCUUCGUGGAGCAGGACUGCAGGACCAUUGUGUUGCCCCUCAAGCAGGGUGAUGACGUGGCACUGGAGGUAUCUCAAGUGAUCCUCGUACCGGAGACCUCUGUCCUCAUCAGAAACGUCUCCUCACUCCCAGCUGCUGACCAGCAGGGGGAAACGCAGUAUAACGUGAGCUUUUGUACGUAUGGUUCGACCCUGACAGACAACUCCUACGGCUUCGCGCCAUGGUUGGAAGCGCACGUCAAGGACGUCCGACCAGUCGACGGGAGGCUAGCUGUCAGUUACGACGAUACAGGCUGCAAGAGUGUGGAGCAGAGCUUGAGCGCCAAGAACGCGUCCACAUGGUACACGGUGCUGCUCCAAGAUCAGGUCGGAUACGUUAACGGCAGCCUCCCCCCAGACCGGAUGGACUUUGACUUCCUUGAUACACUUCAAGUCCACAUGCAGCUUGUCUACCAUGACUACCCCAACCCCGAGGCAGCGCUGACCAAGAUCGAGAUGUCCGUCCGCAGCAAUGUCCAGCUAACCGCCGGCAGUGUUGUGCAGCUGUGCUGCUUCGCUUUCAGCGACCCCUCUCCGACGUCUCUGCUCGCCACCCUGGUGGGCAAGGACGCGGAGCGGUUUGAACCUGAAGCGGUGCUGGACGGGGAGGCUGGGACACUGCAAAUGACGGUGAGAGCUGGUCAGGCCAUCAGUUGUGAUGAAGAUGUGAAGGUGUCAUUGUGGGCAGACAGUGAGCGAGUGAGAAACUUGCGACAGAGGAUCUUUACAGUUCGCAACUCCAACAUGUUCUACAAGGCCUCGAUCCUCCCAGCAAACAGUUCAACGGCUCCCUCCUUCCUGGUGAGCAAUAUCCGGGACACCACCGACACCUUUGACUCGCUGAAUCUCAUCACUCUAGAGGUUCAGACGAAUGUUGAGAUUUGCUCUCCAGCUGUCAUCACAAUCUCCCAGCUCUCUUCCUCCUCUACUUCUUCCACUUCCUUCCGCUGGAACAGCGACCACCCUUACAGGCUGUAUGGCCAGCAUGCAAGGUACUUCCAAGGAACUUUCACCAACGUGUUCAACCAGUGCGCAUCGCUCAGCAAUCUUGACUGCAAGGACAGCUCUGCAACCCUGCUGUUGUCGCUUGACCACCCUGGACUCUGCCUUGACCCCCAUCACGUCAUCUCAAUCUCCUUCUACCUGCGCAAUCGCGGGUAUUUCUCUCCAGGCGGCUUUCCUACUGUCUCUCUAUCAGCAAGGAACUCCGACGAUGAGGACUACUCCAUCGGCCAACAGGAGCUUGUAGGCGGUCCCGUCCUCCGCGCAAACUACCCGCAGUCCUUUGCCGCCGCAGGCAUCUCCUCCUCCUCCACUGUGCUCGGCUCGAUGAACCAGGUAUCGAUCGCCUUCUCUCCCAACUUCUACGUCGAGCAGGGGUCAAACUUCACCCUCAGCGGCUUCGUGGACGCCUGCCAGGCACGGACUUUUUUCCUCCCCGAGUGCUACAACUCGGAGAACCCGAGCUCCGACUUCUUCGAGCUCCGAGGAAUAUCCGCCAGCCUGUUUGACAGAUCCGCCAGGUGGGAUCGCACCAAGGGGACGCUGGUGAUGUCAAACAAGAACUUCGGAAUCCCGUCAGGGCAUGUCGUCGAGAUCAUGUUCUACCUCAAGAGCUCCUGCCAGCCAUCGCAGUAUCAGGGGGUUUUGCUGCUGUUCUCAGGCAAGGUCAAGACUCGACUUGGAACCUUUGAAGCUCUUCACGAUAGCAGCCGACUGCUCCUGAGGAGGAUAGGAGACGGAGAGGACUACCUGCAUGGGGAGACGGUCAGCCUGACUCUUUCCAGCGUGCGCCUCCCCAGCAGGGCUGGGUACUCUGGAGACUUCUCCAUCGAGACGCAGACUAGAAGUGGAGUGCAGCUGAGCUACGACAACAAGGUGAGGGGAUUUGCGGUCCAGCCCUCCUCCCUCACAGCCCGUUUGACACCGUCGCCCCUCCGAGCUGGAGCUUACGGGGAGAUGAAGAUCGAGCUGGAGAUGUCGAACGAGGUUCCCACGAACGGUCUCAUUCUCAUCUCCUUCCCAGCUGGGUACGAGCUGUGCAGCCAGCUGGGGGGCCAGCUGCCGGCCGACGAGGGCAACCGCACGCUCUGCUUUGGGCUCCGCGUCGUGUCGUCGUCGAGGCCGUUGACGUUGAGCAUCGGGACUGAGUCGGAUCAGUUCACUGAAGCAUCCUUCGGGUCCAGCGUUGACUCGCCCCUCCGCGUCCUCCUCACCAACAAAGGGCAACCGAUCCAGCAGAGAGAAAAAGUCUUCCUGCUACUCAAGGGCCUCCGGUUCCCUUCGUUUCUGUCCGACAAGGGCAAGAUGUUCCAGGUCAGGACGCUGACGGAGCAGCAGCAGCUCAUCGAUCAGGACUUGGCCGUCUUCGGCGACUUCGACUUUGGUCCCGGCGAGCUCCGCUCCGCCUCGAUCUCCUUCGACACAACCGUCGCUGGAGAGUUUCCCAGCUUCACCAUUAGCCUCGUCACUUCCAACCCUCUGCCGCCGUCCUCGCGCAUCGACCUGGAGUUCCCCCCCGGCUACCGGAUGUUCAACUCGCUGUCAACCGUCGAGGCGUCAAAGUUCGGCUUCAGGUGCGAGGACCUUGACUCUAGACUGCUCCACAACAUCUCGAUCUCCCCAGCUGGCAGCCCUUCCCUUGUCAUCUGGCUGGACGGCAGCCAGGAAGUCCCUCCUGGGGUUGUGCUGAGACUACGCGUCUUUGUCGUGUCUCCACAGAGGGAUGUCUACCCUUAUAGGCUCGGCCUUCAGAACCCGAGGGAGUCAGGAACUACUCAAACAUUCACUUUGAGGACGAGGAACGGGGCUGGUGACGUCAUCGACUCUGCCCAGGUCAGCGGCGUUGAGAUUCUUCCUGGGGUGAUCAGAUCGGCAAAGAUCUCUUUGACAGACGCUAGGGCCGGGGAGCUGUCAGGCUUGCGAGUCUCCGUGUUCCCUGCCAACGUGAUCCCUAGCAACUUCUCCAUGAGGCUCGCGUUCAGUGAAGGGGACUUCGAAGGAGUCUUAACUGACUUUGUCAGCAACGAGCAGAACAAUUUCACGUACAUGGUGAGUACAAACGAGAUCUUGAUCCGUUUCGAUCGUCGAGACGCCAUCGUUCCUUGCCUUGCAAGCUCUUGUACGUUCAGUGCAACCAGCCUGCAAGACAGCCUGUUGUCCUAUACUGGCUCUCCUGUUCUGAGGGCUCAGCGCAAUACGAUGGAUCAAAGUCCAGAUCACUAUAUCCAACAGAACUCCUUGCACAGAUUUCUCGCUUGCGGCUACUCCUUCGAGUCUAGGAUUGUUCACAGGCUGCUCAACGAUUCGUUCGGUGAACCAACGGGAUUUUUCUUGGAGGGAUCCAACGAUGGUAUUCACUUCGACGUCAUCGACAGAGUUGUCAACACUACUUCCUUGUCCUCCCGGCCUCCAGUCUUCUCAAACUUCUUCUCUACCCCGGCGUUCUACCGUCAUUUCAGGAUCGUCAUAACUUCGAUCUUCGGCGACUUCUCCCACAGCAAGCAGACUUUGGUGCAAGACUGGCGCAUGCUCGGUUGCCAGAACCAGCCAACUCUCGUCACCUCCCCUUGCAGCCUGCUGGUUGAGCUGCCGGGAGUCGUGAAGAAUCGAAACUCGUCGGGUUUGACUAGCGACUUCACGGUUGAACUCUCGAGAGAUGACGGGGUAGUCAUCGACCGGAGCACGAGCGUCAGAGGACCGGUCAUCGCUCCCAACAGCCUGCUGGGAUCUCAGAUCAGCCUCUCCUCCCUUCUGGCUGGAGCUUUAUCGACAGUCAACGUCUCCUUCAUCCUUCAUAACGGCAUCCCACAGCAAGGUCACAUCCAAAUCUGCUUCCCCACCGGCUUCAACCUGUCCUCCUCCCACGUAGCCUCUGACGUCCUGAGCUUGACCAAGGUUGACGACGGCAGCGACCGGGCGCCCUGCGUCGAGCUCUCCCUCCUGUCCGCCGUGAUGGGGCCGGGGGAGCAAGUGAAAGUCUCCCUUGCCGACGUUCACCUUCCCCCUCAGUCCGGGCCCUCCGGAACUUACCAGAUCAGGACUUUCCUAGGACAAGAUAUCCUUGAUCAAGACCUCUCAGUCACCUCCGACGCCUUCACAGUCCCUGAUUUCCAGCUAGCAGAACUCGUUCUCAGCUCUGACAUGGUCGCCUACCCCAGCUGCAUCGAGCUCAUAGUCACCCCUUCGAAUCCGAUCCCUGCCACCGGCCUCCUCCUGUUAUCGAUCCCCACAAAGUACCAAGUUCUGCAGCCCGUGCACGCCCGCUGGCUUGACCGAGCAGACCUGGGGCUGCUGGUGACUACAUACAACGAGACAUCGGGAGAGUUUCGAAUGAGUCGAUACGGAGGAGGAGAGGUCAGGGAGGGAGAGACAGUCAAGAUUCAAAUCUCGAGCAUCAUCAACGCUCGUCAAUCUGGGCCAACAGGCUCGUUCGGCCUCUGCGCCUUCCCCUCCCCGACGGCAGGGGCAAGCAACUGUGCUCCUCCCCAGUGCGAGGGAUGCGGAGGAACUGUCAGGUACAUCCAACCUCCGACGCUCCUUCCUUCCCGCCUGCAGCAGACGGCUGUAACGGAGAGCGGCAGCGAGACAGGAGCGAACGGGUUGGAAGUCAGUUUUGUUCCCGCGAUCGAGGUAGAGCAGAGGUCGUCGAUGGAAGUGACCGUACCGUCGAGCUUCAGGGUGGGAGAAGUUUACAUCGAUCGGUUUGACAUCCGGUGUGAGCAUGAGGGGUGUCAGGCCCUGAAGGCAAACUUGACAUGGCUUGUCAUCAGCUCUAGCCCAGCUGAGAACUGCACUGGCUGUCAAGUCAUCACCAUAGCCUCCCUGCCAAGGGUCCCUGCAAGUUGCAACUUCCUCGUGCGACUGCGCAACGUCCGGAAUCCCGUCAAGCCGUCAGGCUGCCUGGAGGGAGAGUUCAGCAUUAAGAUCAGAGAGCCGCUGGGUUCGUUGGUUCAGUUUGACUCGCUGCCGCUGGGCGCUGGCGACGUCGUCGGGGGAAGGCUGAAGAACUUGUUCGCCUCCUACGUGAACGAGGCUGGAAGCCAUGCGGUGCGAGCAGGGGACACAGUGGAUCUUUUUAUCGAGUGGGAGACUAUGAGAAACUUCUACACCCCAGAGAACAUGAUCUCGUUGAUCCUAGCAGACGACUUCGUGUGCGACGACAGGAGCGAGGUGUUCAUCGGAGACGGCAGCAGCCCCAACAUCACCUCCACAAGCUUCACCGAGCGGCUCAGUGGCGGCUGCAUCAACUCUACUUCCUUCAACUUCUCCCUCAACUCUCUUACCUCCGGGGCCCUCAGGAUGAAAUUCUCCUACGUGCGGGUCCAGCCAUUCUCCAGCACCCCCUCCACCUUCAGGGUCGAAGUGCUUGCGCCCUGCCAGCGCAAUGGCAGCGAUACGUGGACCCUUGUCGACUCCAGCUCCAACUUCGCGGGCUCGCCCAUCGCAGCUGGAGUCAUACUGGACCCGAGGGUCAACGUCCUCAACGACAAGGCUGGGAUCUUGACGUACCUGAACUUGACCUUCACUCCUAGGAAUCCGGUCCCUCCCCGCUCCUCCUUCCUCCUUGCCCUUCCCGCCGGCUUCAAGUACGCGUCGACGCUGCCCACGGCGUACCUGACGGUGAAGAACGGGACAGAGAUCUCUAGAAAGCUGCAGCUGGACCUUCCCUCGGAGGGCCUGGUCCGCAUGAUGGUGGAGGAGGACUACGUGCGGCAGGGAAGCGUCGUCAGUGUCAUGCUGCACGAGCUCAAGUUGCCGACGAGGUCGCGAGUGACCAACACGUUUCAGCUCAGGACGAUCCUGGAAGGAGGUCAGGUGAUCGACGAGGAACUGCAAGUGGGAGGGAUCGCGAUCGCUCCAGGAUCCUUCCUGCCUUCCAUCCCCCCCAAGUUCGCCCCUGACAUGCUUGCUGCUGGGUACCUUGGGAACCUGUCAGUUCAGUUCAUGGCAUCCAACGACCUUCCGAGUGACGGCAAGGUAAUCUUGUACGUGUACGAUCAGUUCAGAAUCGACGGCGUGUCCUCCGUACUCCCGAGCUCCGUCUUUGACCGGCCCUUGUCAAAAUCUGGCAUCCAGACUGCCCUUGAUGGAGGGUUGGGGUUCUACGUGGAAGGGCAGAAGCUGGUCGUUCAGAGGGACGGGAAAGGGCGGGACGUGCUGGCGGGAGAGCUGGUGAGCUUCACAGUCGUUGGGGUUGAGAACCAGUACGGGGAGGGUCCUACGAGCACAGCAAGAAUUGAGACCAAAGACUGCCAGGACUACGUCAUCGACGUUGCCGUCUUCCCUGCCCUCACGCUGAGCCGUUCGUCCUUCCUCUCCAUCUCCUCCUCUCGCAGCCCAGACAUCGCGUCCUCCUUGGCCAGCUGGACCAUCGGGUUCGAGCUGGAGGGCCACCUGCUCCCGGGCUCGAUCCUGUCCAUUGACAUGAUUAACGAGACAAACGCAGGGAACGAGCAGGUCGAGGUCUUGAGCAAGGGCAUGUGGAACUUGACGCAGGUGAACUCACGGUACAUUGAAGUAACUCUCCUGUCCUCCACUCCCAUCGCUCCUCGAACUCCCAUGGUGGUGGAGCUGGCGGGAGUUCAGAACUCGUUUGCUGCUCGGAGCAUCUGGUACACUCUAGACCUCCUGUCCCCCUCCAGCCGCAAGGUGUCCAGGUCUUCUCAGCUUGAGAUAAGCUUCUCUCCUUGUCUCUACCAACCCAUGGAGCUCACAAGCUCUGUUCAGACUCAGACGUCAACGACAACAUGGCGGAUGAGCUUUCAAACACGGAGCCCCAUCUCAGCUCUGAACUCUCUACAGCUAAACCUCCCUCCUCUCUUCUCCUUCACUUCAACUGUCUCCGCCUCCUUCGUCUUCCCUCACGGCACCUGCAGCAUGGAGGUCAAGGUGGUGAACGAUACGACAGUGAACUUGGCGCUGUCAGCCGCGACGUGCUCCAGGAACGCCAGGCAGAACGACGUCGUGACGAUCGAGGUCGCCGGGGUCGUGAACAGGCCGUACGCUGGAAACGCGGAGGGAGCUGAGCUGCUUGCGUUCGAUGCAGAUGGAUACCUGGUGGAGAGGAGGAGCGGGGAGAUCCUGGUGACUGUCAGUCAGUCUCUGUCGCCGAUGAUGACCAUUUCCUCUGCUGUUUGCGGGGCAUUCAACGACGUGACUCUAUCCUUCAAGAUCACAACCCCCCUCCCAGCAGGAGCCUACAUCGCCGUCCAGCUCCCGCCCUCCUUCGCCUUCCUCCCCAAGUCGAGGUUCCUCAACGUCUCCGGCCUCCCGUUCCAACUGGAGGUCUCCUCCGACAGCCUUCGUUCCAACCUCACGCAUGCCUUCUACGUUCCUCGUCGACCUGAAGACGGGCCCCUGAUCCUGCUCACUUGCCUGCUGGGCGAGACCCCGUUCACCUCCCUCGACUUCACGCUGGUCGGCGUCAAGAACCGGCCAUGGACCGGGCCGUCCGGCCCGUUCGGGCUGACUAUCUUCACUGGCGCCAUGCUCCUGAUCCAGCAAGACUCCAACGUGCAGGGGUACAACCUCGAAGUCGCUACCAUCCUGAGCCCCAAGGCUGAGAUCUCCUCCUUCCUCUCCGUCGACGUCGUGACGCUCAAAGUCUCCCUCCUCCUCCCCAACUUCCUCCCUCCCGGCUCCCUCCUCCGAUUCAAUCUCUCGUCUGCCUUCAGAGCAGGGAACGACACUGCCAUCAGCGACCUCGUCGGGAUCUCCGCAGAGUUGCAGCAGGGAGCAGCAGGCUCAUCGAGCUUGCUGCUGACAACAGGAGGGAACCCGACGGAAGGGACGGCUGUUAGCUUCCUGCUUUCAAAAGUGAAGGUGUUUGAGCUGCCACUGCGUGAACAGAUGUUAGGAUACGCCACUUUCCUCCCAGACUUGACGCCUGUCGACGUUGCCCACAACGUCAAGGCCAUGGUCAAGAGGAGCGUUGGGGUCAACGGGAUCACUCAGGGCCUGUCGACCCUCGACCCUCAGGGAGGAGCCGUCUACUUCGCCGCUAACAGCCGUGUCCUCAGCUAUGACCUGGUCACUUCCGCCAUAUCAGAAGUGCCGAUCAACGUGUCAGGAAGCGUCCUGCUCCUCUCCUGGGACUCCAACGCAAGCUCCUUGCUCGGCCUGCUGAUGUCCCCCGAGCAGGGCACUGUCUUCUUCCGCUAUGAUAGACUUCAAGCGACUGUGACGACCAGGAGCCUCGAGAGCUUCUGCUUCGCCUUCGAGUGCUCCAUCACCCCAGCAGUAUCAGCUGCUGACGUCAGAGGAGGGCGAUUCUUCUUCGCUACCCGCACCAUGGUCGUGGCCCUCGAUUCCACCACAGGCGAGCUGCUGUCCCACGUCAACAUCGUCAGGGACGAGGACACCUUUGGCGGCCUCGCCUGCAUGGAGUUUCUCGACAGGCCCCUGGACCCUCUCGAUCGACCGCUGGGGCUGCUCGCUGUUGCUUCCCGCAACCACACCCUCCAACUGGUUCAGCUCGACCCCAGCAGCGGCACGAUGACUCUUCUGAUGUCGAUCUUCGACGAGAGGUUCUCGCGUCAGCUCGUGCUGGGGGCUUCGGCUGUAUCGCCGUCACAAGAUGCUCUGUUUCUCCUCGCUCAGAACGGGCUGGUCAAACUUGACCUCCGGGCCCGGACCAUGGCCAUCUACGAUCUCGGCUUCGCCCGCGGUGGGAUGCCGGCUCCUCACCCCUGGGUGCUAGUGGAGGUGUCAAGGUUCUUUCCGUGGGACACGCAGACAGUGUCAGUCCCUUAA